AUGGAGUGCGCUGUUGUCGCAGACCACGACUACUGCUCUGUCCCUGAAACUGCAGGCCUGGACAUGGCAGCGGUUAAAAACGAGGAACUCCAAAAAGAGAUCGAGCUGUUACACAGAGAGUUGAAGGAACUGAAAAUGCAGGCCACCUUUGAGUUACAGAGAUUUGCGGGAUCCGACGACGACAUUCGUUUCUACACAAGAUUUGCCAGUUACCGGCAUUUUAUGAUGUUUUGGGGACUGAUUGAGCCAUCAGUGCACAAAAAGAUCAGAAAGUCAAGGGCCAGAGCUGCUGAGAGGAGAAAUGAACCAGUCUCAGUGGUCCGUCCUGCACACACGUCAUUACAACCCAUAGACGAGCUGUUCCUCUUCCUGAUGUACCUAGCGGCUGGCCUUAAAGAGAGGGACUUGGCCAACAGAUUCACAAUACACCAGUCCACCGUAAGCCGCAUCUUGUCCUCAUGGACAAACUACCUCUACACACUCCUGGGCUCGGUGUGUAUCUGGAUGGAAAAAGAGGAUGUAAAAGCUCAGAAGUUCAAAGAAUUCCCGGAUACACAAGUAAUCGUGGACUGCACAGAGCUCAAAUGCCAGACACCAUCUUCUCUUCUCCUCCAGAGUGGGAUGUACUCAGCGUACAAAUCUCACUGCACCAUGAAGGGACUGAUUGGGAUGGCCCCUCAUGGUGCAGUGACCUUUGUUUCCUCACUCUAUGAGAGGUCUGUGAGCGACAAAGAGCUUUUUAGACGUUCAGGCUUAGCUGAUCUCCUUACUGAUGACAUGGGCGUCAUGGUUGACAAGGGCUUUCUGAUAUCAGAUGUGGUCAAGUGCAAGGUCUACUGCCCCCCUUUUCUGCAGAAACGGAGCCAGAUGCUGGCAGAAUGCGUCCUCCAGACACAAAAAAUAGCACGUCUCAGAGUGCACGUUGAAAGAGUAAUAAGGAGAGUGAAGGAGAACAAGUUAUUUGACUCAGUCAUACCACUGUCAAUUGCUGGGAGCAUCAAUGAAAUGUAUACUGUUGCUUGUUUGCUUGUGAACUACCAAAACAAACCCCUUGUCAGGGCAUGGGCUAAAUAA